UGUGACAUUUAAACGGUUUUUAAGCGAAUUUUUCUAAAAUGGGUAGACGAGUUUCUAUUAGAGGAAAAAUAAAGCCUCUCCCAAUUGCAAAAGUUCCAAUUGUAAAAGUUCCAAUUGUAAAAGUUCCAAUUGUAAAAGUCCACCACUACGGAGGCGUGCAACCUUCCAUUAUAACAAAUGAUGUUUCUGUAACUAGGAUAUCGGGUGUAGGGAUUUCCUUUAUUUGCUUUGGUGUCCUUGCUUUUGUGAUUUUUGCAAUUUGUUUAUGGAUCUACUUAUGCAGUGACGAGGAAGAAGAAGAGAUUGUGAUAGAAGAAUUUGAUUCUCCUGUGGUCGUGACCUCUGCCACACAUACGGCUCCAGGUGGUUAUCCAGUUACUCAAUUGCCCCCACCUGGCUAUCCACCAAAUCCUCCAAAUGUCUAUUCCCCUGCACCAUACCCAGCUCAGACAACGGGUAAUGUGACUGUUCAAAUGCCCAUGCCACAGCCAGGCAUGCCCACACAUGGGGUUACUCCAUAUCCGCCUAUGCCACAGCCUGGCAGUAUGAAUCCUCCCUCAUAUGAUAUGGCUGUGGCCAAUCCGGGACCCAGUGUCAUACCCUCUAGCUAUGAGAAGCAAGCGCCUUAUAAUCCCACCUAUGGACAAUAGAAUUUUUUUAUUUUUUGCAUCUGAAACCAAAAAUUGAAGACUGGCGAUGCGACUUCAACGACUCAUUAAAAGAAAAAGAAAAAGAAAUGCACAAAAAGUUACAACUUUAUUUAUGAAACGAAAAGAAAGAACUAAAAACAAAAGUCAAAUGUGUUUUUCACUUACAUUUAAUGUGAAUAAUUAGCUUUAUCCUGUUUAUUGUUGUUUAAAAGAAGUAUUUUCUCUAAAAAGUGAAAUGUAUUCCAUUUAUUUUUACACAACCAAAGUGAAAGAGCACUCAAAAAAAAAAACAAAAAAUGUUGCUUUUUUCGUCAAUUCGAUUUAAAUUUUUGUCCUUAGACACACACACAGACACACACAAACAUAGGAUUGUGAUGUAUGUAUGCAUAUACCUUUUAAGUGCUUUAAUUUAAUUUAUAUAUACAAACAUAUAUUAAGAUGAAAUGAAAAAAAAAAAUAAAACGAAAGUAAUAAAACAAAAGAACCUCAAAUGGUUCAAAACAUAAA